AUGGAGGUAAGAGUUUUAUCUAAGGGGCUCACAUUUGUUCCGACCAACAGGGGACGUAUAUUUGAGACCAUGGUCGACAACUUUAAAUUCACACGUAGGCUCAGACUGAAAGAGCAUUUUGCAGCAUCAGACAAUAAGCAGUCACAGAUGGAAGGGAAUACUGGGCGUAACAAGUUCAAAUUGAAAGGCAAUUUUGAUCCCAUCACUAAUAAUGUUUCUCUCAAAGCCUUUACCAGGGUUAUCAAUGACCAGACACAAAAAGCAACGCAACAGGUCAAGUUUAGAGAUAACUUAUCCAAGGAUGAGAGAAAAGCACUGAAGGAUCUGUGCGAUAAUAAGGACAUUAUUAUUAAGUCUGCUGAUAAAGGCGGAGCAGUAGUUGUGUUGGACUAUGCUUAUUAUCGCCAGGAGAUUUUACAGCAAUUGUCUGAUGCCUCAUGUUAUCAACCAGUAAUGUUUGACCCCACCUCCAAAUUUCAAUUACAGUUAAAAAAACUUCUGGACAUGGCAGUGACGCACGGAUGGAUCCUGGAGGAAACGAGAGACUAUCUUUAUGUGGAACACCCGCACUGGCCUUUGGUCAGCACCGACCCUGACAUGUCGAAACUCGUGAACAAGAAGCUCCGUUUUGGCUUUAAACGCAAUAGAAACUUGAGGGAACUACUGACACCUGCAGACCCGGCUAAGAAGUAUGUACAAUCAACAGGAGGCAUUACGUUAAAACCUGGAGUUUUUAAAUGUAAUAACUGUGUGAUGUGCAACACAUUAAUACUUGGGGAUCAAUUUUUUAAUCCACACAGUGGGAAAGCGUACCACAUAAAACAUAGAUUAACCUGUCGAUCACAAAAUGUGAUAUAUAUCAUAAAAUGCCCGUGUGGCCUGCUUUACUGCGGCAAGACCAUGAGACAACUAAGGGACAGAAUUAGCAUGCAUAGGUCAACGAUACGGGCGGCAUUAGAUACUAACUAUGACAGCAAAAAGGUGAAACAGGACAUAUCCAAACAACCCAUUGCCCAACAUUGGUUUAAAGCGAAUCACCCCAUAUCUACAUUUAAAUGCAUGCCCAUUGAUAUGGUAAAAAGCCCACGGAGGGGUGGUGAUAUUGACCGGAUCUUACUACAAAAGGAAGCAUUCUGGACAUUUGAACUAGGGUGUGUUGCUCCAAAAGGGCUAAAUUCUACCCUCCAAUUAAAUAGUUUUUUGGAUAAGAGAUAGUCUUGAUGUGUAUUUGAAAAAAGAAAAUAGGAAACAAUAUAGCAAUCACUUUGCUCGUUCUAACCUC